UUGUUAUGCCUUUGAAAUCUCCGAUAACGGUCGUCGCUACAAGCUUGCUUGCUGCUCAAGCUCUUGCCGUUUCUGUUCACAACUGGUGGGAUGUGCCUAGCGACUUUGGUAAUAUUGCCGAGUUACAAUCCUCUAUCCGGGUUCCCCAAGGCUCCGAUCCUAUCAAGACAUAUUGGAUGGCCAACGGUUUUGGCAACGGUUACAUGGGUAUGCAGCACAAUUCGGAUACGGAGCGCCGUAUUUUAUUCUCCAUCUGGGACGAUGGCCAAGGCUCCAAGGUCGAACCUAUACGACACGGUGAUAAUGUAACGGUUGGUACCUUUGGCGGCGAAGGCGAAGGUGCUCAGUCUUACCUUGUCUACGACUGGAAAGCCGGCGACACCGUGUACUUCCGUGUGCAAGCCAAUGUGAACGAGGCAGAGGAUUAUGCCGAAUACACCGGUUACUGGGGCACCGAUGGACAAACAUGGAAUUUAAUUGCGUCUUUCCGAGCCGAGAAGCAGCCAUAUUGGCUUCUAGAACCUUACGGUUUCCUCGAAAACUAUGGUUCUGAUCAGUCCGAGAUCCGCGAGGGCUACUAUGGCAACUUUGUCAUGAUCAACUCCAACGGCCAACACCACACACCCGAAAAUUUUCAAUUCACCCAUACUGACAUUUUCAACGAAUACCGAGAAGUCUGGGACCAACGCCUGGUGGAACAGGGCAAAGAAGUGUACAUGCGUAUCGAUGGUCCGGCCGACCAAGGCGCGUAUCCCCCCGCGCAUCAUUAAAUCACCCUU